AUGACUCUUGCAACUGGAAUCGUUCUAACAUCUUGUUCAUUCCUACUAGGUGCUCAAUUUAUACAUUGGUCAGUAGAUCAUCGUACACUAUGGACAAAUCCAAUCUCACCAAUUCCAAUCACCAAUUCAUUAAUUUAUUAUACAAACUUAUCAAAUUUAAUCUUACAAUCCUCAUCAUCAACAACAUCAUCAAAUCAGAAUUAUAUUUUAAUGGUUUUUAAGUUCAUCACUUUGAUAGGAUUGAUUAGUUUAUUGAGUAAAUUAAAAAACUCAAGUAUUUCAGUCGUUUUCGAUUUAGCAAGUUUAGUUCUUUUAAUCACUUCAAUAAUCGUCGAAAUCGCACAUGUGAUUCCCUUACUAAAAACCUUACCCAAGAGUCCCAUAAGUUUCAACCCAUCAGAUCCCUUAACAAUCACCCAAACCCCAACCAGUCUAAGACCGACUUCUUCAAUCAUCAUGACAAUCCAAUCUAUCGCUUCACUCAAUACGAUCAUCUCAGUGACUUUAACCGGUUUGAUCGUCUUACAAAUCGCUCAAAUGUGUAUUGAAAAAAGUUUGGAUAAAACUCUUGGAGUCGGAAUUCAAGAAGAAAAGAAGCUUGUAAAGGUCGUUAAGGUUAAAGGGUUAGAUAAACAAAAGGUUUUGAGGAUUAAAGAACAGUUGAAUGGUAAUUUGUUGGAUCGUCAAAACCCACUGGAAAUCCAAUCACAACCUUAA